UUUCCUUAAAUGUUCAUGAUUGUGUUCUUCAGUGACUCCUGGUCGUUUGUUGUGGUGUUUGCAGGUAGUGAAGGUCCUGGAGUCCCGGUGAGCUCAGUUCCAGCCUCUGAGAUUCCCUACAGUCUGUCCUUUUCUGCACGAGUGUCCUCUCCUCGUCCAGUUUCCAAAGUAGAGUCCAGCUGUUCUCUGGAGCCUCUUCAGUACCUGAACACUGAUCACACAGAGGCUGCUGUGAAGCUGGCUGCAGGACACAAGUUUGACAGAGAUGUUGAGCUGCUGAUUUAUUACAAAGAUGCUCACCAGCCCUCUGCUGUGGUGGAGACAGGACAGGACUCUGCUGAGCCUGGGACUCUGAUGGGUGUUCCUGUGGUGAUGGUUAGUCUGUACCCAGAGUUCCCAGAGUCUGUGAUGUCCAAACGCACCUCAUGUGGAGAGUUUGUGUUCUUGGUGGAUCGAUCUGGAAGCAUGCAGUGUCCGACCAAUAACAGGAACCAGCAAGAGACUCGCAUCCGCAGUGCAAGGGAUACUCUGCUGCUCCUGUUGAAGAGUUUACCAAUGGGCUGCUACUUCAAUAUCUAUGGUUUUGGAGACGGAUAUGAUCACAUUUUCCCGCAGAGUGUGGAAUACAGUGAGAAGAGCAUGGAGGAGGCUCUGAAGAAAGUUGAGGUAAUGCAGGCUGAUCUGGGAGGAACAGAGAUUCUUCAGCCCCUCCAACACAUUUACAGUCAGCCCUGCAUCUCCAACCAGCCUAGACAGUUGUUUGUCUUCACUGAUGGAGAGGUGGGGAACACAAAGGAAGUUCUAGAUCUAAUUAGGAAGAAUGCAGGUUCCCACAGGUGUUUCUCUUUUGGGAUUGGAGAAGGAGCCAGCUCUGCUCUCAUCAAUGGGUUGGCUCAGGAGGGCAGAGGUCACGCUCAGUUCAUCACAGGAAGUGACAGGAUGCAGGCCAAAGUGAUGCAGUCACUGAAAUUUGCACUACAGCCUGUUGUCAAAGACAUCUCUGUCACAUGGGAUUUACCAAAGAGAGUGUCUGCCACUGUCCUCUCUCCACCAAUCACAACAAUUUUCCAGGGUCAGAGGUCACUGGUUUAUGCCCAACUGUGUGGAAAGAGUUCCCAAACAGACUGCAGUGUGACGGUGAAUUACACUCUGGGAGAUCAUCCCUAUGAGAGCAAACAACAGUUUAACCUCAAUCCUGCAAAGGACACUGGGUUAACAGUCCACAGGUUAGCUGCUCGUAUUUUGAUUCGUUCUCUGGAGUCUGAGGAAAGAGAGAACAGAGGAAAGUCAGAUGAAGACAUGAAGAGGAAGGUGGUGGAGCUCAGUGUCCAAUCAGGAGUGAGCAGUCAUCACACUGCCUUCAUUGCUGUCAACAAAGACAAUGGUGAUGCUGUUCAAGGACCUCUGGUGCGCAGAAAUGUUCCAACCCCUGAUCUUUAUCUUCACUAUCCCGUGGACCUGUAUUGUGCUUCUAUAGGAAGUUCGGAGUCUGGAGACGACUACGGAACUUUAAAAGACCUAUUAGAAGACUACGAUUAUAACUCCUGCAUAACUUCUUCAGAUGAUCUCAAGGAAUCAUUGAUGGGAAACCUCCACAAGAACAAAUCCCCUUCAUUUGAGUUCUAUGCAGAUGGACUAAAAGCCGCUGUGCCUGAGCAGCCCCGCAGAGACCCUCUGCUGCAGCUGGUUUCCCUCCAGAAGGCGUCCGGCUGCUGGCUGCUUGAUGCAGCUCUGGCCUCAGUUCUGGGAAAAGCAAGUGAGGAGGUGGAGAAGUCAAAGCCUGCAGAGGUCAGCAGUGAGGUGUGGGCCACCAUUCUGGCUCUGAUCUGGCUUCAUGGAUUCAAGAUGGAAGCAAAGGAUGAAUGGGAGCUUCUGGCUGUGAAGGCUGCUUCAUGGGUCCAAGCUCAGAAUGCUCCAUGCGUAAAGGACUGUGUUGCUGCUGCAAAUGCGCUGCUGUGUUGCAGAGUGAAGAAAAAAGCCCUGAAGCUCUGAAGCAGAAACUGAAGUUUCAACUUUAGAAGAUUUUAUUUUUUCAACUCAUAUUACACUUUGCAAAAUAUGCAAUAUUAAAGUUUGCGCUCCACAUAAA